CAAAUGUCACAUUACUGUUCUGUAUCUGCUGCUGGAACAGCAGACUCUCCUUAAUGGCAAGCGGAACUUGGCUGUUCAUCAUAUGAAUAGUUGCCAACAUUGUCUUCCUCCUUGGCGCAGAGAAAGGUUGUACGUAUUGGGUGGCGAUCAUGGUGUUCUCGAAGUAAAGAUCGAGGUAAAUGGAGCUGAAGUCUACGCUCACCUGGUGGUUUGGGUUUGUGAAGUUUACGAGGAGGACGAGAUCGGCAUUCAGGAGGUAACCCAUGUCCAGAUAUGCUGCGUUCAGGUUGACGUUGGAGACGUCGAACCAGGGGCUUUUUGGGCGGAAGACGAGUUCGGUUUGCUGGUCGAUGUUGGUUUGCUGGACUACCUGGCGGAGGAGCUAGAGGCUGCUCCGGCUCUUCGGAUCGGGGCACGUGUGGAAGAAUAGUAUGAUGGUCGGAAGACUGUAGCGGUGGUGGCAACACCACUGUGCUAGAUGGCUUGGAAUCUUUGCCUUG